CUUAUUCUCAUAUUCUCAGUUGCUUAACCUCACCUUCCUAUCAACACUUCAAAAUACAUUAUCGCCGACACCCACCAUGCCAAUUCCACCAUGACGUCCCGCGAAGAAACCGUCCUAGCUCCCACCGAUGCCUCUAUCACUGAUGAGAACGAUUGGUGGGAGUUCGGUCUGACCGAUGUGAAGGUCCUAAAGCCCGGGAAGAUGCUAUAUGCAAACCUACUGGACGCUACCGAACAGAACCCAGUACAGGUGAUCGGCUGCUUAGAGCCGCUUCGUGAGGACCAGGAACACUUGGUGCUCAACCCGGACAACCCUCCUAAGCGCAUUAUUAUUGACGAGGUCACACACUAUGCCUACGGCCAAACCGAAGAUAAGAGCAUUGAGCUCUGGGUUGCCGGUAAGGCGGGCUGGUACGACAUCAUUUCGCCCGCCAAGGGUUUCACACCCACAUACAAUCGCAUGGUCCAGGCCAUUGAUAUGCUGUAUUUCCUGGUCGAUAAGCAUCAGCAAGGAAAGAGACAGAUCAAUCCCUCUUUUAGGAGUCUCUGUGAACAAUACACUUACCACACAUAUGGCUCAUGUGAGACCCGAGAACAGUCAGCUGAGGUAUUUGCGACACAUGCUUCCUUCUUGCUUCGCUGCAUGAUCCAAGGUGAUGCAGAUGUGGAAUGGAAGAAGACAAAUGUCUUCGUCCAUCUGCGUCGCCUAUUUAAUGAUGAGUAUAAUAGGCUGAUGGAAGAACUUUCGCCCUCUGAGGAAAGCGAAACUGAAACCCAAGACGAACCAGAAGUGACAACUCCUCGACAUCAGCCUGCGGCAAUCUCAAAAUCACAAGCCGAUGCCAUCUAUCAGUUGCUCAAGGAUCUCAGAGAAGAAGGUCACUUGGCAAAGCGGCGCCUGCAUAUUGACCUCCUGGGAGAGCGCUUGGCAGAACGAUUCUCUUUCAGCAACGAAGAUGCCCAGAAAGUCAUUGCCAUCAGGGCAAGCACCGUGCUGGAAAUGAUGGAAGAAGAGGACUUUAGAUGGUCUCGCUAUGUCAUCCAUAGGGAACUCACACAUGCAUCCACGAAAUCCGCCCCUCUGCCAGGUGCACUCUUAACCCCCCUGGAUUCGCAGGAAGAAUCCAGCGACGAUGAACGGUACGUCCGGACUCAGAAGUCUGUGCUGCGUCCAAAAGUCCACACGGUCUCCAAUAAAGUGACCGGCAAGCGAAACCGCAAUGCCUCCACAAACCAGCAGACAGUCGAAUCCAACGACGAAGACCAAGAGGACACCGAUGAAAUCGACGAGAUCGACGAGGUCGAAACACCCAGCAAAACCCGUGGCCAUGAACUAAUCAGAGAUCCAUUCUCAGCCACAAAGCCUCGGACUCGCUCGUUCUUGUCAGCCUCCUCGAGCGGCGCCGGCUCCUCUCUUAUGAAGAGCCUGUUCAAGGACAAUAUCAAGAAAGACAAACUCCAGACUCCUCCCGUAUCUUCGUCGCCCUCACGGCAAAAGCUUCUGUCUCCAGAGCUGGAUCCCGCCCCAGAUACGUCACAGGAAGUUGAAGAGUUCAUCGACGAUACUUCUGAUACCUGGACAUGCCGCAUGCCCGGAUGCGAGAAGGUGAUUUCGACGACCGACAGAAUCGAGCGCAAGAAACUUAUUGGGGACCAUGCCGGAGAGCACGAGUGGGAGACGCAGAUGAAGGUCGAGCUGAUGGAGUCGGAGAAACGCAUGCAUUCUUCCUUCCCCGUCAACAACCUCAUGCAAUACGUCGUUGACGCGCACGUGCUGCAAAUGCGCGCCGCAUUCCCGGAGUUCUAUUCUGCUAAAGAAAAUAGCACGGCUCAGAACGGUGAACAUCCCCUGGAUGAAGAGACAUCCAUUCCGGAGACCGGGGGAUUAGAAGAGGAGGACGAAGAAGAUGAUGAAGAUCAGGAGCUUGAGGACCUUGCGAACGGCUACACCUGA